AUGAGUUUAAUUGAAGCACCAUACAAUAAAAAUUUUUUAUCAUCAAGUAAAGAAAUAUUCAUUAAUGGAGAUGAUGAUUUUUUAAAUGAUAUCCAACCAUACUGUAUAAAUGUUAGACGUAAAGAAAUGGCUGAUAAAAUUUAUGGUCCCAAUGUAUUAUUAGUUCAAAUCAAAACAGCUUUAGGAGGAGCACCAGAUGUUAUUGGUGAAAUUUUUUCUCAUUCAAAAUCAUCAAUAGACAGCAGAAAUUUAAAAAGUGGUACUUAUACAGAAAGUUAUAAAGAAUUUAAAAAAAAAGUUGAAAAUUUUAAAGUAACUAGUGAACAAAAAAAUAUUUAUGAUAGUGAUUCAGAUGAAUAUUCUAUAAAAUAUUCAGAAGAAGAAAGUGAUUUAUCAGAUAACAUGUUUACUGAUGACUCUACAACAACUGCUAUUUAUUUUGAUGAAAAUAUGGAAAGAUGUUUUCAAGAAAUUACCUUAGAUUUAACAUUAAAACAAAACUAUGAAUUACCAAAUUUAGAUAAAAAAAUCAAGCAUUAA